ACUGGAGUCCAGCUGUUCUUCGGACUGUCGUUUUUUUCCAGGAACCGACAGUGUCACACUCCAAUACUGCAGAAACAUGCAUUAAAAAGGGCUUGUUCAUUGAUUCAGAACACUUUAGAUGAAUCAAAGUCAGACAUCAGAGCUUCAAGGGCAGAGGAAGAAACUCACAGGAGCUCAAAAACGGGAACAUGAGGUGCCCACUAUGGAGGAGUUCGAUUCUGAGGACUCUGGUGUUCAAGAUGUGGGACCUCAAAUCAACGGGCUGGUGGGCCAGAUCCUGGAGACAACGUCAGCGCUGUUGGUGCGGAUCAGACAGAAGCUUCUGGAAAUGGCUCUUCUGAUCUGUGUGAUUCUGCUGGUGUUCUGGGUGGCUUCAUUCCUCUAUGGCAGUUUCUAUUAUUCCUUUAUGCCCACCGACAAUUUCAUCACACCUGUCUACUUUUACAGCAGGACUGAUUGUCCGUCUCCUCAUCACUCUGUGUGUUCUUUCCCUGUGGCUAAUGUCUCUUUACUGAAAAAUGGAAAACAUCAGGUAAUGACAUACGGUCAGCCCUAUCAGAUCACACUAGAGCUGGAAAUGCCUGAGUCUCCAGCCAAUCAGGAGCUGGGAAUGUUCCUAGUGAAGAUGACUCCCUAUUCUAAAGCUGGUCAGAUUGUUGACGUAUCAGCCCGUUCUGUAAGUACACAAACGAGGAGACAGGCAAUGCUCCAUUAUCACUCCUCUCUUCUUCAGGCUCUGGGCACAGUGGUCUUCUCCCCCAUGCUGUUAACAGGAGCAUCCGAGCAAAAGCAGCCAGUCAUAGUGGAGCUGUACUCUGAAUUCAAAGAUGAUUCUUACAAACCCACUGUUGGAGCCGUCAUUGAGAUCCAUUCCCAGCAUAUUCAGAUCUACAGAGCUCAUCUCUACAUCUUCGCUCAAUUUACAGGCAUCAGGUACCUGAUGUAUCACUUCCCCUUGAUAUCAGCACUGAUCGGGGUGAUGAGUAACUUUGCUUUCCUCAGUUUGAUCAUCGUUCUCAGCUUCCUGCAGUUUAAUCUGGGCAGUCACAGGAAUCCUGGAAAGGCUGUUAAGAUACAAGAGGAAAAGAAUGAAUCAGAUGACCUGAAUGAUCAGUCUGAACCCCAGAAUAAAGAAAAUGUAGACGCCAUGGAGUGCAAUUCAGUGGAGGUGGAAGAAUCCAUUCCAGACAUGGGAGUGGAGGAGAGUGACGAUGACUCCAGAGAAGUUGCUGAAGAUGAACCCAUCUGUGAGGCUGGGGAUGGAGAAAUGAUUUUGUAGCGCAGGCAUUUAUCACAGAGCAUGUCACAGUCAUCUCAAGCAUUAACAGGCACCAUAGAUAAAACUUACUACCGUGUUGGUGUCUGUUGUUCAGGCUGCUAGAGAGGGAAUGGGGGUAAACAUUAUGAAAAACACAGGCCACCCACUGGACUUCAUAGAUUUGGUAAAAAUGUCCUUGUUUUAAAAAUAUGAACUUCAUGCUAGCCCUAAUCACUUGUAUCUUAUUGAAAGAAAUAAUCAAGGCAACCAUAAAUAUACUGUACGGUAUCCAUUUAUGUAUUGACAUAACCUAUAUAUCCAAAACUGACCUUUCUAGACAUGUCCUUUGUUGUAGUUGUUAUUAUAAUCCACAACACUGAAACCAGUGAGACUGUGCCAAUAAAUAGCCAAAGGAGGA